GCCAAUGCCAUUUCAAGUGCAAAAGAAAGAAAAACUUUGGCCAACUGUCGAAAAACAAGUGAAUUGAAAUACGUAAAACUAUUGUCAAUGCGUCAACUUGAAUGGAUUUCAGCUUAGAGCAGGCGACAGACAGAUAAAAACAUCAGCCCGAACAAGUAUAUAAAGUCGUUUGUUCCCCCUCGCAAUAGAAAGUAGUAGUCCUUGACCAUACUGGCUAAGUAAGGCAGUUAAGAGAGAGGAAUUUUUUUUUGGGAGAGAUUUUUGGAGCGACAGCCACAAAUAUGAGCUGCAAGCUUCGCAUAUUUUGUAUUAUAUUCUACUUGAUUUCCAUGGCCAUGCUAAGCAGGGCCAGUUGUCUGCGGGACACGCGCCACAUGUGGCAGUUGCAGCCACCAACAGGGCAGUUGGGCAGCUGCAAACGUUCAUCAACAUUGCGGCCGGAAUUUGAGGGAAAUAGAGCAACAGUGGCUGAGGCCGUUGCAGCUGCACUCGAUAAUGCUUUGAACCUGGGCGAUUUGGCCUAUAAAUGUACAGACAUCAAGCAUAAGCAGGAACUGCAAGAGCAACGACAGGCCAAUGUGUCCGAUCAGCAGAUCAAGAUGAACAAAACGGAGCAAAUACACCACCUAUCUAACUAAGA